AUGGCUCCAACAUUCCGAGGUGUGCCUGUUAAAAUCACCGAGCGACUGCAACUUUUGGGCCUUGAAAUGUCCAGCAAGUUAUUGAACUUUGGCGAGUACAUCGAAUCCAUAGCAAAAACUGCUGCCAAAAAACUUUGUAUCCUCUCGAGGGCAAGGCAGUACUUCUCCAAGAAGCAAAGGCUGCAGCUUUAUAAAGCACAGAUCCGACCUUGCAUGGAAUACUGCUGCCACCUCUGGGAUGGCUCUGCCAAGAAACAUUUGGCUGCUCUGGAUUCGGUGGAAAGACGUGCCAGAAGACUUAUCGACAGCCCCACCCUUGUCGAAGCGUUUUACUGGCUACACUUCGGAGAAUGUGAGAAAGAAUUACACAAACUAAUUCCACCAGCCCCCUUCCAUCAUCGGGGAACCAGACGCAGGUUAGCGUACCAUCCCUAUAUUGUUGACAUUCCACCAGCUCGCACUAAGCGUCUCGAUGACUCUUAUAAUGCGAACAGCUAG